AAAUGAGCCAGUCUCAUCACUUGGCCAGUUUGUUUUGCUCACCUGAGUAGAAAUUAAUUUCAGACAAAUUUUAGACUAAAUUAUGCUUGUGUUUUUAAAGUGACGGGUUCCAGGGUUCCCAGAUCCAGAUACACAAUGGUUGGAGAGGCGCUGCGUUACAUGAUCCCCUGCCACAUGCAGUGUUCCAUUGGGUGUGGAGGACAGGCGUGCAAGUAUGAGGACCCAUCCCACUGGAGUGAGGACCGGCAGGCCAUACGAGGAGUCUACUCAUCCUGGAUUACUGAUAAUCUGCUGGCCAUGGCCCGCCCUUCCACUGAAAUUAUUGAAAAAUUCGACAUUAUAGAACAGUUUUUAAGCUGUGGUUUGAAGACCGUCAUUAACCUUCAAUGCCCUGGUGAACAUGCCAGCUGUGGAAACCAGCUAGAUCCUGAGAGUGGCUUUACUUACCGACCCGAGACCUUCAUGGAGGCUGGCAUAUAUUUCUACAACUUUAGAUGGAAUGAUUAUGGAGUAGCGUCUCUCACAUCAAUCCUGGAUAUGGUGAAAGUCAUGUCUUUCGCCAUUCAAGAAGGCAAAAUCGCUGUUCACUGUCACGCGGGACUUGGCAGAACAGGUGUGUUGCUGGCCUGUUUCUUGUUGUUCACCACACAGAUGACAGCAGAUCAAGCCAUUCUGUUAGUCCGAGGCAAACGACCGAACUCGAUCCAGACGAGAGGACAGCUCCAGUGCGUGCGGCACUUUGCUCAGUUUCUCGUUCCCCUGAGGAACCUGUUCGCUAGCGCUGAUCCUGAAGUGCCGGCCGUCACUCUUCAACAGUUUCUGAUCCGGCAGAACCACAUCCUGCACGGGUACGAGGCUCGGCAGCUGAGAUUCGUGCCAAAGCUCGUUCCCCUCAUCUGCAGACUUCUCCUGGACAUCGCAGAGAACCGGCAGGUCAUCGAGGAGGACAUUGUCGAAGUUUCCGAAAUCACAUCUGUCGUAGAGAAACCGAUGAAUGAGAACUUGAACUAUCAGUUUAAUAGAGAGUUACCGGGAAAUGGGAUGACGAUGAUCCGCCCACGUCUUCCAGGUCUUCCUAGAUCCAAUGGAGACAGCUCACAACCUCUUUACUACGUGCGUAAGAGCCUCAGCUACAGUGAGUCUGACCUGCUGAGGCUAGCGGCGUCUCUCAACCUCUCAGAUAACCCUCUGGGUGUUUUAGCCAGCAUACACUCAUCGACCUUUGGCAAUCAGAUGGGAUUUUCCCAGAGCCAUAUCCCUCCUUCUCUGAGCGCUUGUAAGGACAAUCCCAUCUACAGCUCAACCAGCAAUAUCUGGGAGCUGAAGACACUCAUGGACCAGGCCGAAGGAUCUGAACAUGUCAAAAGCAGGAGGCAGUCUGUCCUGCAGCGGAGCCGAUCUGUGGGCAUUUCAGAUGAAAAAAACUCCACAAGCAUGGCCAGAAUGUUGUCCUUCUGGAAGAAAGACUGCAAGAAAAAUUCUGGCCCCAACGAGACUGGAAAUGUUCAUGAGAAAGAGCAUUCGGAGGUGCCUGUGAUCAAGCUGCAGUCCGAGCUGUCUCUGGAGUCCCGCCGCCUCCUGGUGGCUCAGUCCCUCGCCGUGGACCUCGAGAAGGACGGGGGGAAGAAACACAUCCAGAAAGUGGCCACUUGGCAGACCGACCUGAAUCGGCAGGGAGCGUGGGAGCGACUGUGUUUGGAAAAAGACCCGUUUGUUCUGUCUGGAAUCUUGUGGUCCUGGUUGGAGCAGCUCAAAGAGCCGAUCAUCUCAGCUCAUGAUCUCCACGAGCUACACGAGGCCAGCCAGGACCCCACAACUGUCCUCAACAGCCUCGAUAGGGCUUCCAGAGAAACAGUGAGGUGUAUUCUCGACUGUUUCGCUCAUUUAUUUACAGUACCUGAGGAAGUCGAGAGCGCUUUUCUGGAGCGAGCAGCAAAAGCUUUCACACAGAUGAAAAGCUCGGAUGUUGAGAAGAGCGUCUGGAAGCUUGUUCUGCAUGAUUUGAGGUCGGCCGCCAUGAACGAGUUUGAGGUGUAACACGGGUAACAAUAACUAACUAAACACCUUCACUGCAAACAGAGUUAG